CUCAUACACACCACCUCUCUCUCUCUAUAUAUAUAUAUAAACGCACAUAGUACAUACAUCCAUACGCACGUUCAUAACUAACUUCCACCUCUUCUCCCCCACUUUUUGCGACUUUGAUUCAUACUACUAAUUUGAAGCCCGCCACGGUUCAAUCCCGAGAGAUAACUGAAAUUUUGAACUACUCCGAUCAGUGAUUUGAAGAUGAUUGGAGAAUUCGUCACCAGUUGCUUAAUAUUGGUACUAGGAUAUGCAUAUCCUGCUUUUCAAUGUUUCAAGACUGUAGAGAAAAACAGAGUUGAGAUUCCGGAACUGCGCUUUUGGUGUCAAUAUUGGAUACUUGUUGCGAUUAUCACAAUUCUUGAGAGGAUUGGGGAUGUAUUUAUUUCAUGGUUGCCAAUGUAUGGAGAGAUGAAAUUAGCGCUCUUCAUAUACCUAUGGUAUCCCAAAACUAAGGGAUCCGGAUACAUAUAUGAUAGAUUGUUGCGACCAUAUGUGUCAAGGCACGAAACAGAUAUCGAUAGAAGUUUAAUCGAAUUUAGAGAGAGGGCAUGGAACUUAGCAAUAUACUAUUGGCAGAACUGCACAGAACUUGGCUCCACCAAGAUCCUCCAAUUUCUGCAAUUUGUGUCUUCACGGAGUACUCAGAAUCCCGGGAACCAACAAAGGGUUAACACCACUCCCGAGCCCAGCGCGCCACAUGUGGGUUUCAUGAAUAGUCCGCAGCCAUCGCAUUUUAGCCAAGCGCCAAGCUCGAAGAAUGAGACACAUUUGGUUAGGCCUGAGGAUUUGAUUGUUUCUGAUUCAGACAGUGCUGGUGGAUUUAACUUCAAAGAGAAAUUGGGUUUGGAGAAAGAUGUUUCGACGGCUAAGCACAGACUUAGGCGCUUCAUAGAUGGCAACUAGUCAAAUGAUGUUUUAAAAAUUUGUUCAUUCUUUUUAAGAUUUAGAUAUUGUAAAUAAUCGAAAUUGCAUUGCCAGUUAGAAUUCAGUCAGUCAGUACCCAAUUUUUAAUGUACUCUAAUUUUAGCUUGUGGCUGUUGAUUCAGUACCUUUCAAUUUUCA